GCUUGCGCACUGCAGCGGCGGCCAGCGGCGCGGCUGACGCGUGAAGGAGAUCUAGCUAGUGUGAAGGCCGGUUCGGCCUUGAGCCCCUGCCACCAUGAGUGGGACCUUAGCGAAGAUUGCGGAGAUCGAAGCCGAGAUGGCUCGGACUCAAAAGAACAAAGCUACAGCACAUCACCUUGGACUGCUUAAGGCUCGCCUUGCUAAGCUUCGAAGAGAGCUUAUCACUCCAAAAGGUGGCGGAGGUGGUGGACCAGGAGAAGGUUUUGAUGUGGCCAAGACAGGUGAUGCUCGAAUUGGGUUUGUGGGUUUUCCCUCUGUUGGGAAGUCAACUCUGCUAAGUAACUUAGCAGGAGUGUAUUCUGAAGUGGCAGCCUACGAGUUCACUACUUUGACCACAGUACCUGGUGUCAUCAGAUACAAAGGGGCCAAGAUCCAGCUCCUGGAUCUCCCAGGUAUUAUUGAAGGUGCCAAGGAUGGGAAAGGUAGAGGUCGUCAGGUCAUUGCAGUGGCCCGAACGUGUAAUUUGAUCUUGAUUGUUCUGGAUGUCCUAAAACCCUUGGGGCACAAGAAGAUAAUUGAAAAUGAGUUGGAAGGCUUUGGGAUUCGUUUGAACAGCAAACCCCCCAACAUUGGCUUUAAGAAGAAAGACAAGGGAGGCAUUAAUCUCACAGCCACUUGUCCUCAGAGUGAACUAGAUGCUGAAACGGUGAAGAGCAUUCUGGCUGAAUAUAAAAUUCAUAAUGCUGAUGUAACUUUGCGUAGUGAUGCCACAGCUGAUGACCUCAUCGACGUGGUUGAAGGAAACAGAGUUUAUAUUCCCUGUAUCUAUGUAUUAAAUAAGAUUGAUCAGAUCUCCAUUGAGGAGUUGGAUAUUAUAUAUAAGGUGCCUCACUGUGUACCCAUCUCUGCUCAUCACCGCUGGAAUUUUGAUGACCUUUUGGAGAAGAUCUGGGACUAUCUGAAACUAGUGAGAAUUUACACCAAACCCAAAGGCCAGUUACCAGAUUACACGUCUCCAGUAGUCCUGCCUUAUUCUAGGACCACGGUGGAAGAUUUCUGCAUGAAGAUUCACAAAAAUCUGAUCAAAGAAUUUAAAUACGCUUUGGUCUGGGGUCUCUCUGUGAAACAUAAUCCUCAGAAAGUGGGUAAAGACCAUACGUUGGAAGAUGAAGACGUCAUUCAGAUCGUGAAGAAGUGAAAUCCUGAUCCUGUCUGCUGGCCGACCACAGCAGUGUUCCUUAUGACCAAGUACCUUCCUCAGCCCCUUCUGUCUCUGGCAGCCUCUGGAUUGGCAUAUAGG